AUGGCCGCCGCGCCGGACGCCAGCACGCUGCAGGCGCUGCGGGACGCGGCCAGCCGCCUGCGGGUGCGCUCGCUCAGGGCCACGUGCGCCUGCGGCUCCGGCCACCCCACGUCGUGCUGCAGCGCGGCCGAGAUCGCCGCCGUGCUGUUCCUGCACACGAUGAGGUACAAGCCGGCGGAGCCCGCGCACCCGGACAACGACCGCUUCGUGCUGUCCAAGGGCCACGCCGCGCCGCUGCUCUACGCCGCCUGGGCCGAGGCGGGCGCCGUGGGCGAGGCGGAGCUGCUGCGGCUGCGGCAGGCGCCCUGCGCCCUGGAGGGGCACCCCACGCCGCGGCUGCCCUUCGUGGACGUGGCCACCGGCUCCCUCGGGCAGGGCCUGGGCGCCGCGUGCGGCAUGGCCUACGCCGGCCGGUACCUGGACCGCGCCAGCUACCGCGUGUUCUGCCUGCUGGGCGACGGGGAGACGGCGGAGGGCUCGGUGUGGGAGGCGCUCGCCUUCGCCUCGCACUACCGCCUGCACAACCUGCUGGCCGUGCUGGACGUGAACCGCUGGGGCCAGAGCGGCGCCACGGCCCUCGGGCACCGCACCGACGUGUACGCGCGGCGCCUCGAAGCCUUCGGCUGGAACACCUGCCUGGUGGACGGGCACGACGUGGAAGCCCUGUGCCGGGCCUUCGGGCGCGCGAGUCAGGUGCAGGACAAGCCCACGGCCGUCAUCGCCAAGACCCUCAAGGGCCGGGGCGUCCCGAGCGUGGAAGAUGCCGGCAACUGGCACGGGAAGGCGGUGCCCAGAGAACCGGCGGAGGCGGCCAUCGCGCUCCUGGAGAGCCAGAUGCAGACCUGGGGCCCCUGCAGCCCCCGACCCCCGGUGGAGGACUCCCCGCCCGUGAGCAUCGCGGACCUCAGGAUGACCUUGCCGCCCGCUUACCGGGUCGGCGACCAGGUGUCCACCCGGAAGGCGUGCGGUUUGGCUCUGGCCAAACUGGGCCAUGCCAGCGACAGGGUGGUCGUCCUGGAUGGCGACACGCAGAACUCCACCUUUUCCGAGCUCUUCCAGAAGGAGCACCCAGAGCGCUUCAUCCAGUGUUUCAUCGCCGAGCAGAACAUGGUGAGCGUGGCCCUGGGCUGCGCCGCGCGGGGCCGCGCCGUCGCGUUCGCCUGCACCUUUGCCGCCUUUCUCACCCGAGCCUUCGAUCAGAUCAGGAUGGCGGCCAUCUCUCAGGCCAACAUCAACCUGGUCGGUUCCCACUGCGGGGUGUCGGUGGGGGAAGACGGACCCUCCCAGAUGGCCCUGGAGGACCUGGCCAUGUUCCGGAGCGUCCCCGGCUGCACCGUCUUCUACCCCAGCGACGCCGUGUCCACGGAGAACGCCGUCCGCCUGGCGGCCAACGCCAAAGGGAUAUGCUUCAUCCGCACCAGCCGCCCGGACACCGCGGUCAUCUACGCCCCGCAGGAGCGUUUCGAGAUUGGACAGGCCAAGGUCGUCCGCCAGAGCGCCGAUGACCAGGUCACGGUGGUCGGAGCUGGGGUCACCCUGCACGAGGCCUUAGCAGCCGCCGAGGAGCUUUCUCAAGAAGGGAUUUCCAUCCGGGUCGUUGACCUCUUUACCGUGAAACCGCUGGACGCCGCUACCAUCAUCUCCAGCGCCAGAGCCACGGGAGGCCGGGUCGUCACGGUGGAGGAUCACUACCGAGAAGGCGGCCUCGGAGAGGCCGUGUGUGCCGCCGUCUCCAGGGAGCCCGCCGUGCUCGUGCACCAGCUGGCGGUGUCGGAAGUGCCUCGGAGCGGGAGGCCCAGGGAACUGAUGGAUAUGUUUGGAAUCAGUGCCAGACACAUCGUGGCCGCUGUGAGGUCUGCUUUAAUGCAGGAAAACAACUGA